AGUGCAAUUUUUUUGUUGGAAAAAAUAAUUAGAGCUGCAACAUAUCAAAAGACUUGCAACAGGCCCAAGAUAUAGUGGGAUAAGUGAAAAUAUGUUAAAUCAGUGCUAAAAGAAAAUAUAAAUAGAGCUGAUUUUGCAUAUUCGAAAAUAGUCGAAAGUGUUAAAAUGAAAGCGUUGCUCUAUCUGGGAUUUUUACUGCUCUGCAGUUUGAUUUGCAGAGCUCAAUAUAGUUCUGGCGGCGGAGGUGGAGGAGGCGGUGGUGGUCCCGAAGGAGGAUAUGGCUAUGGCGGUGUAGGACCAAAUGGUCCCUAUGGUGGUGCUGGUGGUAAUGGCGGCUAUGGUUAUGGUACAUCAGAUGGUCGUAGAGGCAGCGGUUCAAGUGGCAAUGGUUAUGGUUACAGUUAUUAAGUGUGACAACUAAACAAGUAAAAAAAGAUUUUAAAUGUUUUAUGUAUGUAUUUAUAAAAAGUUUAUUAAUUUAAGAAUAUUUGUAUUUUAAAUAAAUGGUAUUAAAAAAAAU